GGCCAGCCCGCAGACGCCGGGAGCCGCGCAGCAGAGAAGAGCGCUGGCCGCGAGCCUGGGCGAGCCGAUGUGAACAUGGAGGCAAAAAGUCAAGUCCUGAUUCUUUACUCAUCUGAAAGAAAUAUAGACCAGAGUUCCUGGAAUUCCUAGUCCAUGAGGGAUUCUUAGUCAGAAGUGUCAUGGAAUGUUGGAACAGACUCCCUGAGAUUGUACAGAGCAGUUAAAAGCCACAGAGGCUGGAACUGUCAGCAUCUCCAGGCUUGGGACUCAGCGGUGUCACAAAGUGAAGUGAUACCAGACAAGUCAUAGCUGCUCUCCGUGUUUCCUGCUCUUUACAGCCAGAGGAACAAAGAUCUGAUUUGUAUCCAGUCUGAUCAGCACUCCCUCACUUAAGACUUUCCAGACCCAGGACUCCAGAGGAACCAGACACCUCACGAGAAGGUGACUGUAACUUCCGAUUCCUUGGUGGAGGAAAACAACACACUCUGGUCUUGCUUCCAACGAUGCAAGUGUGAUUGCUGGCGUCUUCAUGAGCUCCAGAGGUCACAGCACGCUCCCCCGGACUCUCAUGGCCCCCCGGAUGAUUUCCGAGGGAGACCUAGGAGGCAUCGCGCAGAUUACCUCCUCGCUCUUCCUGGGCAGAGGCAGCGUAGCCUCCAACCGGCACCUCCUCCAGGCGCGCGGCAUCACCUGCAUUGUGAACGCUACCAUCGAGAUCCCCAAUUUCAACUGGCCCCAGUUUGAAUACGUUAAAGUGCCUCUGGCUGACAUGCCUCACGCCCCCAUUGGACUGUACUUUGACACCGUGGCCGACAAGAUCCACAGCGUGAGCCGGAAACACGGGGCCACCCUGGUGCACUGUGCUGCGGGGGUCAGCCGCUCGGCCACACUCUGCAUCGCGUACCUGAUGAAAUUUCACAACGUGUGCCUGCUGGAGGCCUACAGCUGGGUCAAAGCCCGGAGGCCCGUCAUCAGGCCCAACGUCGGCUUCUGGAGGCAGCUGAUAGACUACGAGCGCCAGCUCUUUGGAAAGUCGACAGUUAAAAUGGUACAGACACCUUAUGGCAUAGUGCCAGACGUUUACGAGAAGGAGUCCCGACACCUGAUGCCUUACUGGGGGAUCUGAGCCACCAGAGCCCGCAGCAGCCGCCCCUCGAGCAGUACCAGCACCUGCUACACGCCGUCUGCUCCCCUCCUCACCUUUCUUUCCAAGUGGUGGACAAAUGCUCCUCCCUGAAGUGUUUUUUUUACACUGGGUGUUCAUGUUUUAUUUUGAGAGAGGGAGCGGAGGGGAGGAAGACACGGGGAAUGCUCACAUUGCUACUAACAUUUUUAAAACUAACAUUUUGGAAUAGUGUUUAUGAAAAUCUUGAACCGGCUUUUAAUCAUUUUUAACAGUUUCAACAGUUUAAUAAACUGUUUGGUUCUGCUGUGCUCUCAACCCCCUGCCUCUUGGCAUCAUGGGAGGAGCUCAGUGCAAAAAUCACUUUGGACCCCCAUUAACCCUUUAGAUACAGGCUUUGCCCAGGCUGCCGACCAAACAAAUGCUUAGGGAACACUGAUACCAGCAUCAGUCUCCACUGGAUCAGCCCUACUCUUUCCUUUCCUUCUAUUAUUUAGUGACUCUGUCUAAGUUUAAAAAAAAAGAGCCUUUAUUAUUUAGCUGUUAAAUAAUUAUAAUGCAAUCUGCUGCAAACACCCUCUUGGAAUCAAUGUGCCCCAGGAGUAUAUUAGCAUUAUUUUUAAUAAAUACAUCUGCUUAACAUA